CUAUUUCUCUAUUUUAUUUACCUUUCUUUCACAUUUCUCUCUUUUUGAAAUUAUUUUCUCUGUUGAAAUGGCCAAACAGAGCGGCAAUGCAAAAGGCGAGAACAAGUCGGCGCUGAAGAAGCUGCGCUCGGCGCUCUCCUCCGCCGGCCUGACCGGCCCCAAAUCACAAAUAACCAAGCGCGACAAAAAGCGCGGUGUUCACAAGGCCAACAACAUAAAGACCUCCGAGCGGCGGCACAAGCUGCGGGCAAUCCAGACGGCACUCAACCCCUUUGAGAUGAAGGUCAACCGCAAGAAGCUCGAUGUCCUUGGUCUAAAGCGCAAAGACGACACUGUCAAUGUUGCUGUAGCGCGGCAGCGCGCUGUGGAGAAGCGUAAGACUACCAUUGGCGAGGAGCGCCGCAAUCGCAGCCGACUCGGCGGCAUGGUCGAUCGGCGUAUCGGAGAGAACGACCCGACGAUGGAUCCUGAGGAGAAGAUGCUGCAGCGGUUUACAGCCGAGAGGCAGAAGCGCGCGCGCAACUCGACCAUGUUCAACCUCGAUGACAACAGCGACAUCGAGGGCGAGAUCACGUCGCUGACCCACUUCGGCCAGUCGAUCAAUGACAUGAAAGACUUUGACUUUAACGGCAGUGGCGACGAGUUCGAGGAGGGCAACGGUGCGAUCAGCAAGCAGGACGUGGCAGCGGUGCAUUUCGGCGGCUUCGAGCCCCAGGCCGCCGACGGGUCCUCUGAGCGCAAAAAGACAAAGGCCGAGGUCAUGCAGGAGAUCAUCACCAAGAGCAAGAUGCACAAGCACGAGCGCCAGAUGGCCAAGGAGCAGGACGAGGAUAUCCGCCGCGAGCUCGACGAUGACUUUGAGAGCGUGCGCGCGCUGCUUUUCGCCGACAACGACAACACGGCAGACAAGCCCAUGAUGAAGGCUGCCGCCGGUGGCCGCCAGGAGGGUGUCGACCGGUCGUACGACACUGUUAUGCGUGAGCUCGUGUUUGAGAAGCGCGCGCGCCCUCAGGACCGCCUGAAGACCGAGGAGGAGGCUGCUCGCGAGGAGAAGGACCGCUUGGAGCGCGCCGAGCGUCACCGCAAGCGCCGCAUGGACGGCCUGGACUCGGACACUGAGGUCGAUAGCGACGACGACGACGACAACGAGCUGAAGGGGUACAAGACCGCCAAUAAGCGCCGCGCUGUUGCUGAUGAUCUUGGUGAUGACUUUGCCCCCGCCGGCAGCGACGAUGACGACGUUGACCACACUCUUUCUGCCAAGGGACUUUCCCUGGGAGCGGGUCUGGCGGCAGAUCAGUCGUCUGAUGAGGACGAGGAGGAGGACGAUGAUGACAACAGCGAUGAGGAAGAGGACGAUGGCGACAGCGAUCAGGAAGAGGACGCUGGCAGCAGCGAUGAUGAAGAGGACAACGACAGCGAAUUGUCAGGAGGCGAGGCCGAGCGCGAGGAGUUCAAGCAAAAGAUCAGCAAGGCCACCGCCGUCAAAAAGCCCACUGCCAACAGCAAUGAGAUUCCUUUCACCUUUUCUGCGCCUGCCGACUACGAGGCGUGGCUUGAGAUCGUCUCUGAGUACUCGCUCGAGCAGCAGCUGGUUGUUAUCCGCCGCCUGCGCACGCUGUACCACAUCCGCCUGUCGCCCCAGAACAAGGAGAAGCUGAGCAACCUGUGCAUAAUCUUGGCCGAGCACUUGGCUGUGUUGGCUGAGCAGGAUCCGCCCGUCCCCGCCGCUGUGGUCGACGAGAUCGUCAAGCACAUCGGCGAGCUUGCGGCCAUCGACGCCGAGCGCUUCGGCGAGUUCUGCCGCCAGGCCGUGGUCGACUGCCACCGGCGCGUAACCCAGGCCAUCCGCGCCAGCGCCAGCGACAUGGCCGCCCAGAGCGCCAUGCAGCGCCACGGCCCCAGCGCGUCGGACCACGGCGUGCGCGCGUCGGACAUCGCGCUGAUGCGCGUCUUCGUGUCGGUGUUCUCGUCGUCCGAUCGUUACCAUACGGUCAUCACGCCCAUGCUCGUUUCGAUCUGCCAAUACCUCAGCCAGUAUACCUUCACCACGAUGAAGGACAUUGCUGGCGGUCUGGUGCUAACUGGGCUGCUGCACGAGACCCAGCGGCUGUCGCGCCGCUUGGUCCCCGAGGCGCUGAACUUUCUGUUUGCCACCCUGGCGGCCUCGGUGUGCUCCACCGACGAUGCUAGCGACUGGGACGGCCAAUUCCCUCUGUCGCGCCGCCAGCGCCAGGCUUACCAGAUCCUGCGCAUCACCGUCGCUGAAAAGUGCCACUCAAGGUCUGUCGAGCCCAUCCGCUGGUCGUGGCUGGUAUCCAGCGAAAACAGCGGCGCGCGCUCGCUGACUGCCGACCCCAAGUACAGCGUCCUGCGUGCAUGCCUUUUGCUCAGCCGCCGGUUUAUCGGCUGCUACUUUUCGCAGUCGGCCUUUAUUGAGUGCUUUAUGCCGCUCAAGUGCCUUCUGGCCAAGAUCAGCGAGAGACUGCCCAAGUUCAAGCUGCAGCAGGCGCCCGCCGAGAUUUCUCUGCUACUAGAUGACCUGCGCAAAUACCUGGACGAGCAGCUGGAGCAGGCGGAGGCAUCCCGUGCGCCGCUCAAGAUGCAGUACCACAAGCCGCUGGCCAUUGAUACUGCCGCACCCAAGUUCGAGUCCAGCUACAGCCUCGACGUGCACUACGACCCCGACCGCAGCCGCAACGAGACCACCAAGCUGCGCCGCCAGGUCAACCGCGAGAAGCGUGGUGCCGUGCGCGAGCUUCGUCGUGAUGCCCAGUUUAUUGCUGGCGAGCGGCUGCGCGAGCAGCGCGAGAAGGACAAGAGCUACUCCGACAAGAUGAAGAAGGCGUGGGGUGUUCUGGAGAACGACCAGAGCCAGCUGAAGAAGCUGGACCGCAUGCGCAUCAGAGAGCAAAAGGGAAAGAUCGAAUAAGAGGGUAAAAUUUUUCUAUAUUUCUAACUUUUAUAUUUUCAAUCGAGACGACGAUAAUACGAAAAAC